CAGACUCAAAUGCAGCUACGCCAUCCCUCCUUUGUCUGCCGAGGAGAGCACAAGGACUCGUAGCGGAGAGACACCGGCGCGGCCCUACAGCUCCACCGAACACACGCGGGAACCGGCGUCUUAUUCCCACCAUCAGUUUGGUUUCGAAAGCGAAGCUAGCGAACCGAGCGAGGCUUCGUUCAGUUCAUCCGCCUACGUCGGUGCAUUAUGAGCCAAGUGAGUGCUAAUAAGAACACCUCUGAGUCCGCCAUAGAGUCAAGCCCUGCACAGAAGCAAACCAAAAUGGAAGACACAAAGUACCUCCCGGAGCUCUUGGCUGAGAAGGACAGCCUGGAUUCAUCGUUCACACACGCCAUGAAGCUGAUCUCUGCAGAGAUUGAAAGGAUCCAGAAAGGCGAACCCAAGAAGGAGCCAGAGAAAGAGACCUAUCUGGACCUGUUUGCUACCAAGAAUCUGAAACUCAAAGAGCGAGUACUCAUUCCUACCAAGCAGUACCCAAGGGUUAACUUUGUGGGAAAGCUUUUGGGACCACAGGGAAGCACAAUCAAGAGACUCCAGGAGGAGACUGGGGCAAAGAUUUCAGUUCUGGGUAAAGGUUCCAUGAGGGACAAGAAUAAGGAAGAGGAGCUUAGGAAGGGCGGUGAGGCUAAAUACGCUCACCUGGCCAUGGAGCUGCAUGUGUUCAUUGAGGUCACAGCACCCAUACCAGAAGCCUAUAUGCGCAUGGCUCAUGCCAUGGAGGAGGUCAAGAAGUUCCUUAUCCCAGAACCCGGUGAGCACGACCCAUACAUGGAUCCUAACUUCCUGAAUGGGUCUCAGGAUGGUUCGGGCAGAGGGCGAGGUGGUCACCUAGGAAGAGGCAGAGGUGGACCACCCGGCGCUGGAGGACCAAGGGGCCGAGGAAUGCCACGUGGGGGCCCUCGAGGAGCAAUGCGUGGUGGAGCUCCACGGGGAGGACCAGGACGAGGCAACGGUCCGAGAGGUGCACCAUCUGGUCGGGGUGGACUACCCUCUGCUCCUAACAGAGGAGGAUCAGCGGCCCGCUCUAGACCACCUGCAGCAGGGGCUCCAAGGAUGCUUCCCUCCGGGGGAAUGACCCACCAGCAACACCAGGUUCCUCCCUCAGGAUCACAGCCCAAACCUGAUGCCUAUGACGAUUAUCCUUCAUAUGAAGAGCCAUAUGCAGAGCCUUCCUAUGAGGGAUAUGACAGUUAUUAUAAUCAGCAGUCUGCACCUGCGGAUACUGAAUAUUACGAUUAUGGACACGGUGAAGCACAGGAUCAGUCAUAUGAGCCUUAUGGUCAAGAUGAUUGGGACAAUUCAUGGUCCAACUCCGGGACUGGAGGCAAAGCCCCCCCUUCUAGGCAGUCAAAGGGAUCGUACAGAGAGCAUCCCUACGGAAGAUACUGAACGACUACUGGUAGAGAGUUGCUACGGCAACUGUCUCCGAUUGUAACUCGCAUAACUUUUCAAAAGUAAUUUCCCUCUCGUUUGUUCCCUUUUUUUAUGGUUUAUUUUUGUUUUUUAAACUCAAUAGAGACGUUUUGUUGGAUGUAUCAUAGGAUGCCAGAGGAGAAACUCGAACGCAACGUUAUUUUCAUUGUUUAACUGUUUCCAUUUAAUGUUUUUCAGUUGCAUAGUUAGGUCUUAGUGACAAACUUAAAAAAAGAAUCAACAGUGACAUUUUAGUGAUAUUUGAUGGUUGUAAUUUUCAGUUAAUGGUUCCUGAACAAACUGUGAUUGUGGCGAUAAACUACUUACAUAGGCUGCAUUUUAAAAGUCCUUCAUGACUGGACAAAAAUUAUUCAUAAUGCCUCGAUGUAAAGUUGCUAGAACUAAAACGGAUUUAGUCACAGAAUCCAAUAUAGCCCCGAGUUAUUUUGACUAAAACUAAAAGUCUUAUUUGUUUUUACUAGAUUACAAAAUCUAGUCAUGUGUGAAGUUAAUGAAUCUUCAAAAAUACUGUAGAAAUCCACUUGAAAAAGAAUAAAGGCCUCUAUUUUUGCCACCUUUACAAUUGGUAUUUUCUGAAAAGUCGUUCUAUUACUUGCAAAAUCAUCACUGAUGAUCGACUAAUUCUUGUAAAGCUUGAAGGAUUAACUCCUUACUGUGUGUAAGGACGGCUGCAGCCAACUCAAUAUUUUGUACAUAACCUUAGGACAACUGUGUAUGCUUUAAGUCGUGCCGUCUCCAAAAUGCAUAAUGCUUGUGUACUUUUGACUAAAUAGGAUACUAAACAUAUCCCAAAAUGUUUUUCUGCAGUGCGUGUUUCAAUAAAGUUUCUAGUUUCUUUUUAAUCAAUCUAAACAUGGUAUUUUGCCUUUGUUGUACCAAAGGAAUGCCUUCACCUUGUGAAAAUGGUCCUUAGUUGUUCUCAACAAUGCUGAUUAAGCUGUAUGUAUACACGUCAGCCUGAUUUUUUUUUUUUAAAACAAAAACAGUGUUUUGACAAUGAGCUUAUCCUCUUCGUCUGUUUUCAAAACUUAUCUAAAUGACACUUGUAAUGCCACCUUCAAAAAAAAAAAAAAUAAAGCUCAUCAUUCCUUGA